AUGUCACAGGCUAAGGGGAAGAAAGCGGCACCCAAAGCUGAUAAGAAUAACUUCUUUGGACACAAACCGCUCGCUGCAACAGAAACCGCGCAAGCCAUGCUUGCCGCCGCGCAAGAUGGCGCCGACAGCCCAGAUGCAAGCUCUCACUUGACACAGCGGGACGAGAUACCACAGACUGGACACCUCACAAUAACUCACUUCGAACGGGCAAUGGAAGCAAUGUCAGCAAAACUGAUACGAACCUGGCAAUCCACAGCCGACCAAAUAAAAAAUGAAGUCAGAGAACUCUCCAACAGAACAGCCUCAGUGGAAAAUGACUGCCAGGACCUAAAAACCGCACAAACCGGAAUCUCCGAAAACUUACUUACCUUACAGCAAAGAAUGGAGGCCAUGGAAGGUAAACUGGCAGACUAUGAGGACAGAGCUCGGAGGAAUAACCUACGGCUAAGAGGGGUUCCAGAAUCGGUCCAACCGGACGACCUACAACUGUACGUCAGGGGCCUGAUGCACGCCUAUGCCCCAGACAUCCCCUCAGACAUGCUGCUGGUCGACAGAGUCCACAGAGUCCCCAAACCAAAGCACCUACCGGACUCCGCGCCUCGCGACGUGGUACUCAGAGCACACUACUACCACAUUAAAGAACUUGUGCUCUGGGCCCACCGCAGCAGACAAGAGCCGCACGAGGACUAUCCGUCAGUACUGA